GAAAAAAAAAAAGGAAAUUGGAGUCCAAGUGGAUAGAGCACCACGGUUAGCAAAAUUACAGUCAAAACCCCCCCAAAACUGUAGCUAAAACCCCCAACUCCGCCGCUCAACCUCUAAUUCGAAAAAAAAAAUGAGGGCAAAAGUUGUGGUGUUUCCGAUCAGAGGAAGAAACUGGUGUUUCAGUCGAUCGAUCGACCCUUCGAUUCGCGGCGAUCAAUCUCCAAACACUCCUUCCACUUUCAAAGAACUCUACAACAGAAUAUUUUCUCAACACGGCAAAAAAUCCGAUGGCGACUCAAAAGUUGAAGUUGCGGUUGAUUUCGUCUCGAACAAGAUGAAUAGAGCUUGGAGUAAUCUGGAGAAUGCACCCCAAGGAACCAUCAAGAACAAGAUUCAUGGAUUGGGGUUGAAGCUGUUGUCACGUGUUAAGCCAUCGGAAAUCUUCUUCAAAUCCAUUCCCAAGGAUAUUAAUAGAGUGGAUAUCGUGUACCCAUCAAGUUUGAAUCCACGGCUUGUCCGUAGAAGACUCCGACAUAUAGCAUUCAGGGGAUCGGUUAUUCACAAGAAAUACCUAUAUGGCUCGGCUAUCUUGCUGCCUCUGACAUCAUUUUUCAUGGUUCUUCCUUUGCCUAACAUCCCAUUCUUUUGGAUCUUGUUCCGCACUUACUCGCACUGGAGAGCUACACAGGGAAGUGAAAAGCUUCUUCAAUUAGUGAGUGAAGCCUCCUCUAAUCCAAACGAAUCCUCCGUUGAGAAAGCUGAAAGUGGUGUCAAAGGCACAGAUAAUUCCCCUUCUCCUCUGUGGGUUUUCGAACCCUCGGAGGAACUGCAGAAGCUUCUGCACAAUAAAGAGGCAGUUGAUGGUCUGAGUGAGUCUGCAAUAUCCAAUAUUUGCAACAAAUUCUAUUUGAACUCUGGAGAUGUUGCCAAAUACCGACAUUCAAUUUAGUCACAUUAACUUUAGGUAGUUCUUUUUUUCGGAAAAAAAAACUUUCGGCUAGUUUCUUCCGUUUUCUUUCGUUUUUAGUAAUUUCACCAUUAUUCAAACGAAGACUAGAUAGUAUAAAUUUAGCAAAGUUCUGUCAUAUGCUUUGCAAAUUUAAUAGUGUCACUACAACUUUUAUUUAUAUUUUUGGAAGGGAAUUAGUGUCACUCCAUUCUAGUGUUAUAAUAUAUUUAAAUUCAAUUAUUUCAAUAGUUGAA